GUGAGAAAAAUGGAAAGAAAGAGAGUGUUUUAUUUUCGGGGAAACGGUUUAUGAUUGGGGGCAUCCCGGGCACGAGUGAGUUGAAGUGCGUGGACUGGAAAACAACACCGUCUGUUGUUUGGACAGGGAAAAAAAGGGGAAAUCCUCGGUGGGUGUUGGUCUGGUCGCUGAGCAGUUUGGAGCAGUCUGCGAUCACACAGAUUUCGUAUUUCUCCGUGGGUGAGAAAUAUCUGCGUAGAGGAAUCGUGCAGGCCGCGGAAAUCGAGCAGGGGAGAACGAAGGCACGUGAAGGUGCAUGUGAGGUGACAGCUGGGUGAAUUUCUAAUGUGACGCAGCACGCCACAGAAAAGCAUUAUAAGCCACUACCGUUGUUUAUCCAGGGGGUUAAGUGCUCACACCAAUUUAUUUGUACUGUGUUUAAUUAAUUAAUUAAUUUUAUUUUAUUUUUUGUUACUGUGGGGCUAUCCUUGUAAAGGGAAAAAAAGGGGAAUUGGCGAAACUGGCCUGAAGUUAUUUCGGUAACUGUGAGCACUAUUUGAAGUGCUUAUAUUUUUGGAUUUGUUUCUUUAUACCUUUGGGGAAGCGUGCUUUUGGUUGUGUUUAUUCUUCACUGUAUACAUUUCAUCGGCACAACUCCCCUCAAUUGAAAACCUUGAGUAUUAAUGCCGCGUCUUCUGCAUACGCGGUCGGAAAUAAAGAACCCCUAGUUUAGAUACUUGGCAGUGUUUGAGUUUCUUUAAGAGUUUACACAUUCACACGGCCACAUCUUUUUGGUACCAGGAGUGGGGUUCAUUCCUUCUGUUGGUUUCCUCUUAGGGGGAGUGUUUUUUUAUUUCCGUGCGUCAAAUAUUAACUGUUAGUCUGCGUGGGGAGAUAGACAACGGUAGUGGUGGAAGGAGGGUCACGUGUCAGCUUCCACUGAAGAGAGAGAGCCGUGCCCAGAGGCGGGAAGGACUGCAGGAAAACAAGCAGCCAGGGUGCCAGGACCAGUUGGAAAGAGGGAGUGGCAUUGGACUUUGUUUUGUGUAAACUUUACAGAGACUGAGACCCUUUAUACCUGAGGCAUAGGGUAAUGGAGGCGGACGUUUCUAAGGAGGGAGCCACCUGGGGGGAGGAUCGCCCAGGGGCUGGUGCUGCUGCCAGGGCUGACGAUGAUGAGGGAGGUAACGCGUUCUUACAACUCCGGUCACAAAUACAGGAGCUGGGGAGGAGACACGAUCAGGUGAUGUCAACACUUGCUGGGCUGAGCACUGGUAAUACCAGGUCUUAUGUCUAUAUUCCCAGGGAAAAGCAAAUUGUUCCUUACUGUGGUGACGCUAGUAAAGAUUGCCAGACUGUAGAUGAGUUUAUUGAGGAACUCGAACGAGUUAUUCAUGUAAGGGGACUGAGUGAAGAGGAUCAAGUAGACUUUAUUUUGUCACACUUGAGGGGAUCGGCUCUGGAUGAGGUUAAACUGUGUAUGGGGGGGGAGGAUGCACAACCGCGGGAGUUGUUUGCGUAUUUGAGGGCUGCAUUCCGUGAGAAGCGUACAACCCCUCAGCUUUUACAUGCCUUUUAUGCAAGGAAACAGUUAGAGGGGGAAGAUCUCAGAGAGUAUUCGCAUGCCUUGUCGACAAUGUUAAACGCAGCACUCCAGCAGUCGCCUAAUGCAGUGCAGGAUGUGCAGGUAGCACUAAGGGAUCAGUUUGUGGAAGGAGUAAGGGAUUCCAUACUCCGUCGGGAAUUGCGCAAGAUAGUGCGGGAUCGACCUCGUGUGACACUAUUUGAGGUCAGAGAGGAAGCUCUGUUAUGGUGUGCAGAAGAUCGUCCCCGUGGUGCGGGUAUUGCUAGAAGUCGUUACUUGCUGGGCCUGGGUGUUGAAGAGGGUACAGGGUCCCAGAAUGUGGGUGCAUCGUCUUCGGGAGACCUGAAUGCUGUCUUGCAGGAGGUAGUGAAGGCAGUAGUUCAACAAGGGAAAGCGAUCGGAGAGCUAACGAACGCGGUCCGCAACCUCACCACUCAAAGAGUCAGUUCAAGUUUGGAAAGGCCCCAAAGGGCUACGGUUAGACCCAGAUAUACGUGGGACGGUCAGCCAAUUUGCUUGAGGUGUGAAGCUGUGGGACAUAUAGCCCGCCAGUGUACGGCGCGGCUUAAUCAGGAAGGUCAGGUGUCGGCCUCUGGGGAAAUAAUGGCGCCGGAAAACAGGGUCCCUCCAUUGCGCAGAGCCGAGCAAUGAGAG